AUGGCCUCUGCUGCCAACCCGACUUUCCAGUACGACGUCUCCGAGGCUUCCGGCGUGAAGGUCGCCAACCGUGAGGUUGGUGGUGCUACCGGUACUCUCGCCCUUGUGGCCAAGGCUGGUUCCCGUUACCAGCCCUUCCCUGGUUUCUCCGAUGCCCUCGAGAAGUUUGCCUUCAAGACUACACUCAAGCGCUCCGCUCUGCGGAUCACUCGUGAGGUCGAGCUGCUGGGCGGCGAGAUCUCCGCUUCCCACUCGCGCGAAAACGUCGUCCUCCGCGCCAAGUUCCUCUCGGGUGACCUUCCAUACUUCACAGAGCUUCUGGCUGAGGUUGCCAGCUCGACCAAGUUCGCUGACCACGAACUGAGCGAGGUUGUCAGCGAUCUCCUCAAGCUUAAGCAGCAGGCUGUCUACUCCAACCCCGAGAGUGUUGCCGUCGAUGCCGCCCACGGUGUCGCCUUCCACCGCGGCCUGGGCUCCGCCCAGACCCCCUCCCAGAGCACCCCCUACGAGAAGUACGUCUCCGGCGAUGCCCUGGCCCAGUUCGCCCAGGACGCCUACGCCAAGUCCAACGUCGCUCUUGUCGCCACUGGCCCCAACUCUGCCGAUGUCACCAAGUGGGUUGGCCAGUUCUUCAAGGAUCUCCCCGCCGGUGCCACCUCCGGCCAGUACAAGGUCCAGCCCACCCAGGCUAGCAAGUACUACGGCGGUGAGCAGCGCAUUCCCUCCAAGGCCGGCAACUCCGUCGUGAUCGCCUUCCCCGGUUCCAGCGCUUUCGGCACUGCUGGCUUCAAGGCCGAGGCUUCCGUCCUGGCUGCUCUGCUCGGCGGCGAGUCCACCAUCAAGUGGACCCCUGGCUUCUCCCUUCUGUCCCAGGCCACCAAGGGCUUCAACCAUAUCAACAUCUCGACCAAGAACCUCGCCUACUCCGAUGCCGGUCUCUUCACUGUCACACUCUCCGGCCAGGCUGACCAGAUUGCCGCUGCCAGCAAGAACGUCGUUGACGUUCUCAAGAAGGCCGCCGCCGGCGAGGUCGCCAGCGAGGACAUCAAGAAGGCCAUUGCCCUGGCCAAGUUCCGUGCCCUGGAGUCUCUGCAGACCCUCGACACUGGUCUCGAGGCCACCGGCUCCGGCCUGGUCCACGGCAGCAAGCCCUACCAGAUUGGCGAGAUUGCCCAAGCCGUCGAGAAGGUUUCCGAGCAGCAGGUCAAGGAGACCGCUAAGUCCUUCCUCUCCGGCAAGGCUACCCUCAUCAGCGUCGGUGACGUCCACCAGCUCCCCUACGCCGAGGACAUUGGCCUCACCGUUUAA